AUGAGGUCUCUCAAGACACUGAAAGAGCUUUGUGGAAAUGCUGGGAAAGUUACUCAACCACCUAAAAAUGAUAACAAUUGUAAAGAUAUUUUAAAUAACCUCUGCACAGGCCUCGAAAAUUUUCUCGGCUACGAUAAUGGUAAUUACACCGGAGAGGGAAUUGUGUACUCGGACCUUGACAGGUUGUGCGACGGGGUGAUGGCGUUCUUGCAUGGAGUUCUUGAGAGUGUGAAAGAUGAUGAGAGCGUUACAAAAUAUGAUAAAAAUAAUGUUCCUAAUAUUGAUAAUGUUAUUACCACUUUACAUAAUAAUGUAGGUAAAGGCCGUGAGGCCUUCCCGGACGCCGUGGAUAAGGUGGACGAAAAAACUACGGAUGUCUUCAUGGAAUUUAGUAAGUUUGGUCACACUAGCAUUGUAGAGAAAAUUAAUUCCAUUUUAGGUAAUCAAGAUCGGAAGCUCCAAGAUCAGUUGACCUCGUGGAGGUCAACGCUCACUGAACUAGCAGCACAAUUAGAUUCACUCAUAACUCAUAACGUUAAUGUCUUAGAUCCUGUGUUGCGUGACAAAUUGAUGCAUAAGAUAGAGCCUGUGAAAAGCGCCGUGCAGGUGCUGAGGGAGAGCGCUGGGAAGGGGGAGGUGGCAGAGCAGGUUAAAGCCGUAGAUUAUAGCUUACACGUCCAGUUCUCCAAAAUGUAUAAUGCAUUAUAUGAUCUGAAUAACGCUAAAACACUGCAUUUUAAAGGCAUCGCAGAGGCUUUGGAGACUGCGCAGAACUUCAUGAAUAAUGAGUUUGAUGGGAAAUCUAUAGAUGGUAUAACAUGGUGUUUCGGGCAAUUGAAGAAGGAAGUUAUUGAUGCUUAUAAUAAGCUAUCUAACAAAAAGCAGGAGAUUGCCAGCUUGGUCAGCUUUGCUCGGGCGGAGUUCGAGAUCUUGAAAGCAAAGGUAGGCCAGACAUCUGGAAAAGAUGACACCAUAAAUGGUAAUUGGAAUACGCUUAAAAGUAAGGUCAUAGAAAUUGUCGGGGAUUUGACGGAUAAAGACAAAUCUGUUAAACCCGGAAAUCUUGAAAAAAUUAUUGAGGAAGUAAAGCAGUACGCAUUGAAUUUUGACAAGACUAGGUUCGCAAAUAAAGUGGAACAGUGGAUGAUAGAUAUAUUGAAUAAUAAUGCAGUGGUUAAAGGUUUGCUUGUUGAGUAUGUAACUGUAAAUAAGGGUGAAGGUGGGGUGCUGAAUGGAAAAUUGAAGGAGGGCGGAAAAGAAUUCCAGACAGACAUUAUUAAUCAGAUGGCAGGUGUCAUUAAGAAACAUCUUGAAAGCACGCUUCCGGAAGCCUUAAAAGGCUUUGACAAGCUGGAUGCCCAAAAUAAGAUUGAUGGAAAUGUACAAGAAGUUAUGAAGGCUUGCAAUAAAUUCGUUAAGGACCUUGGAAAUAAAAUUGAGGAUGAUGAAUCAAGGGAUACUGAUGCAUUUGCAAAAAAGAUAGCGGGAGAGAUGGAGACAAGCGUUCUGAAAAAAAUGGAUCACACCCACCAGUCUUAUCUAGACGAAGCCGUGAGAAUAACCUUCACUGCUCUACACUCUGCUGCCAAACUUUUUAGCGAAGAACUCAACAACUUCGUCAUUGCUUCCACGAUCGGCGAAAAAGUGAGGCAGGCUAUAAGUAAAGUCGGGAACAUCGGUCAGGAAUUCAAAAACGAUCCAAGCCAAGCGGAUAGCCGCGGUAAAAAAAUUGAUGAGGCUUUUAAAAUCGUGGAGGCAAGAAUUGGUGAUCUUGGUUCGUUGUUAACACCGCAAAGCCAUACCGGCAAAAUUCCAGAGGCAGUCGAAAAACUUAAAGAAAUUCUUACUAAGCUUGAGAAAAUUCAGAAUGGGACAGACGACACUAAGAGCAUCGAGAAAAUGAAAUGUGAGGCCUCAGAGCUUAUGAAGGAAUUGAAAAGGCAGCUCAACGAGAAGCUUGAAUCGAUUCGCUUUGCCACUAAUUACGCCGAUACGCAUAUCCAAGACACCAUUGAUGCCCUCGAAUCUGUUACCAAAACAGCCCACGAAACCAUUACAACAGCCGUCCACUCCCUCUUCGCCGAGCAGCACAUCGCGGACCUGUCGGCGCUGCAUACGCUGGUUGAGCGAAAAUUGGGGGAGGUGAGAAAAAUAAUUGAUGAAGAUAAAGUGACGGGUGUAAAAGGCCUUUUGAAAAUUAUGUCUGGCGUGUCACUUUAUACGAAAAAUAUAAACCCGGAAGAUAAAGAUAAUUUGCUUAACAAGAUCAAGAAUGCUGUGCCCUCUACAUCUACGAAGCCUACGACACCUCUGUCGGCUGACGAGUAUCGUCAGCAUUUCAAAAACUUAGCCUUCAAUUUCCAAGAUUAUAUUGAUCCGCUGCUACAGUACACUGAAGGCCAAGUAAAAGAUAAUUCGCAAGAUAAAAAUAAUCCUCUUCUCACUCAACAGUCCCUCCAAGUGAAGGGAAUUCAAAAUGCCGUUGAUGAUUUACUCAAACAUCUCAGUCAUCAUGAAGAGAGGCGUAUUGAUAAAGAUACAUCUGUAAAGCGUAUUUACAUUUUUGAUGACUUAUCCACUACACUUCUUAAACAACUCUCCUCUUCCAUCUCCGCCCUCUCCCCCUCCAACAUCCACGGCUUCCACAACCCCCUGCUCCUCGACGCCCUCAAGGCCGGCAUGGACAAAUUCACCCAGCAACUCGGACACGCGUACGUGAACAAAUACUCCGGGAUGAAGUUUGGUCCUUUGACUGAAACUAAAAAAGAUACCACCACUAAUGAACAAGUCCUCUCCACCGAGGGCCGCAACUGCGCCAAGGUCUGCCUGACCAUACUGGAGAUAUUUAGUCAUGAUCUUAAUGAGCUCAAGCAUCAAUGUGAGACGAAUUGGAAGAAUAGAAAGAUAUGCCUUAAGAAUGGCAAUGGAAGCAUCAAUGAUCUCGGUUUAUGUCUGAAGCGUUUCGGUUACGGAGUUCCAUCCAGGGAAGACGUGCAGGACGACGAGUUGAGAUGUUCUAAAUAUAUGAACGGUAAUGAAAUUUUUGCAAAACUUACCAUUCCAACUAUAACCGAACGUGACGAAUACAACGUCAUUAGCACUCUCAAACAUAUCUGCGACAAUCUUCUCAUCUACUACCGUGUUUGCCACUACUCCACAUUACAGUCCAAGACAUAUCCAUCCUCCGUGUACCAAAUGCUUCUGUGGUUGGCAGGCUUACCAUAUAAUCCCGUAUAUGACGACUUGUCACUUAACGGUUUUGGCAGCCUGCUUGAUAAGCCAGAGGAGCAGGACACGGACACUGGCGAUGAGAGUCUGUCUGUCGAUGUCGACAACGGCGACACUGACGAAAGCCGUAUCACUCUCAAAGACGAAAAUGAAGAAUCGCUGGAUGCGUACAAAGAGAAGAUCACAGUUCCAAAACUGUAUGAAGCACUUGCAGAAGCAUGUUCACACGCCCACUCAGUACUCACUUCGAUACUUGGCCACGGCCACGCAGGUGGCAUCUACGCCGUCGACUUCAACACUAACGAAGAUAAAUUCUCGUAUCCUUCUGACAUGAACAGCUUAAUAUGUAUGCUAUUUGAGAUCGUAAAACGCCUUCACGACCAACUUUAUUUCCUGUAUAGACAAUGUAUGCAUGACAGUAAGCUUAGUGGUUGGUCAGACUGUUGGUAUGGUCACGAUAUUGGUGGUACAGCAUGGAAGUGUAAUACCCUCCAAUGCCCCAACCAAACAGGUGACCAAACGACUACCCAAAACAGUAACCAAAAGCACAACCAAACGUGUGACCAAAAGUGUGAGCAAAGUGCUAACUGCGGCCUCAAGUCACCGUUGCAAUCCUUCCUCGAAGAUGGUCUGCAAGGCUUCCUCCCACAUCAGCUUACAAAAUUAGGCUGUGGAGUGGAAUGUUCACUUGGUAGUCACAGAGGUCAACCGUGCAUUACACCGAUGGGUUUCCCAGAUCUCAGCGUAAUGGCCUCUCACAGGCAGACGGGCAAGUAUCUAGAGGAGGUGCUUGCAGAUUUCUGUGGUAAACCAGACAAACCACUUACGCAACUCUGCAGUUAUCUAACAUGUAUAUCACAACGUACUCCGCAGACACUCGGCGACCUGUUUGCUUUUUACUUUAAUUUCCUUGACAAGUGGAAUUCCAACGACGGCCACAAACGUCAUGCCUUCGUUAACGCCGUCCAAAGUGCGAACUUUGGGGAUCCGAAAACAACUCUCGAAAUCGGUCCCAUGUUCAAGACCACAAUUCAUGGUUCUGACAACAAACAUCCCAACGCUGAUCUUAAUUCCUUAUUUAAGUGUGAACAUAACGACGGUGACGCAGCGCUGCCCUGCGGUCCAUACCUUAAGCCAAUUUGCCGUGACAUUUGGAAUACGUUCUCCAGUAAGAACUCCGGCAAAUACCUGUCGUGGAUCGUGUAUCUCACUGAAACGUUUUAUGACCUGUUGAAAAAAUUGUAUGACGACUGCUGUACAACUUGCGACAAGCCGGGCAGCAGAUGCUACGACAAAUGCUGCAGUGAAACAUGUAAAGUAAAGUACACAGAUAAAGAUGGGAACUCCAUUACUCCAUCAAUAAAGGACACACAUACUCCAGACUGCAGUUCCAUUGUCAAAUGCCCGCAUACCUUGCGAACGUUGUCUAUGUAUGGUCUCUAUUUCGGAAGCUCAUGGAGGAUGAGCGGUGAGCGUGGCGAGAAGACCAAGCGCACAUGUAGGGAUCUAUGCAGAGCGCUGGACAGAGUGCUGAGUAAAAAGAAAGAAGACGGCGCGGCGCUAGCAAAGUUAAUAUACGAGACAAUCCCCAAUUUCUUGUGGGCCAUCCUAACACCCUUCUCAUACCUCUUAUUAGCCCUCUGGUCGCUGUCGCUCCUGUACCUGCUGCACAUCGCCGUCGUCCGCCUCGACGUCCUGAGGAUACGCUCCCACCUGAGAUCGCCCGCAAGCCACCGCAUCGCCGCCCAGUCCCUCCUCGCAGCGGCACGCGUCAGGGCACUCGCCAACGUCAAGUACUUCUCACCAUAA